UCCCCGCGCGCCUUCGGCCACGGAGCCGCUCGCGGGACCCACGGGAGCCCCGAGCCGCCCCCCGGGAGCACCUGGGACCCCCGAGGUCCCCCGGAGCCCCCCAUGAAGCCCCCCGGGGCCGUGGGGACGCUGCUGCGCGCGUUCGGCCGCCGCGAUGGCCCCGACACGAGAAGGACGGCGGGUACACAGGGAGGCGACACGAGGGGACACGGAGGUGACACGAUGGGAACCGGGUGGGACUGGGGAUUGGGUGGGUCCGGGAGGACACGGGGGGUUCACAAAGGAGACACAGAGGGGACACGGGGAGGACAUGGAGAGGACGCGGGAGGUGACAUCGGGGUCACAGAAGUGACGCGCGGGGUCAUGGCAGUGACACGGGGGACACGCGGUGACCCCCCCGUGUUUCCCCAGCCGCGGCCGCCCCCGCCCGCCCCCCACACCUUCCGCGAGCGGAACCUGCGCCGGGGAGCGCCCUGCGGGGGCUGCGGGACCCCCCUGGGACCCCACGGGCUCGUGUGCAGAGUUUGCAAAGUCGCCGCCCACAAGAGAUGUGAGAGCAAGGUGACAUCACCGUGCCAACCUCUGCCCCCGCCUGAGCUGAGGCGGAACACGGCCCCGGUGCGGCGCAGCGAGCGCGUGAGCUCCUCGUUCGACAUCGCCCCCCAGCGCAGCACCCUGCCCAGGACUCCCCGCGCCCCCAGCCCCGAGACCUCCCCGUUCCCCCCCCUGGACCUGACGUUCGUGACCGAGCGGAUCCUGAGCGUGGGGGUCCCGGGGGGCGGCGAGGGGGGGCCCGGGGGGCACCUGCGGCACCUGGCGAAGCUCCUGGGGGCGCGGCACGGCCCCAACUACACGAUCUUCAACCUGUCCGAGAAGCGCCGUGACCUCACACGCCUGAACCCCAAAGUGCUGGAUUUCGGGUGGCCGGAGCUCCUCGCCCCCCCCAUGGAGCUGCUCUGCUCCGUCUGCAAAGCGCUCGAGGCGUGUCUGGGGGGGCACCCCCGCAACGUGGCCGUGCUGCUCUGCAGGGGCAGCAAGGCCCCGGUCGGGGUGGUCGUGGGGGCGUUUCUGCACUACAGCGACGUGUGGGGCAGCCCCGAGCAGGCGCUGAACGCGCUGAGCAUGAGGAGAUUCUGCGAGGAGAAACUGGGGGGGGUCCUGCAGCCCUCCCAGCGCAGGUACACGGAGGAUUUUGGGGCGCUGCUCUCAGGGCGACUCCGCCUCAACAGUUCCCCCCAGUUCCUGCACCACGUCCUGCUGCCCCCCCUGCCUGCCUACGACCCCCCCGAUGGCUGCCGCCCCUUCCUCAAGAUCUACCAAUCGCUGCGGCUCGUCUACACCUCGGGGGUCUACAGCCCUCCCGCCUCGCAGUCGCUCUGUGUCACCCUGGAACCGGCGCUGCUGCUCAAGGGGGACGUGAUGGUGCGCUGUUACCACCGGCGGCGGGGGGGGCGCGAGGCGGUUUUUGGGGCUCAGUUCCACACGGGGACCCUGCGCGGGCCCCGCCUGAGGCUGCGCCGGGACGAGCUCGACCUGGCCUGGCAAGACCAGCGCUUCCCCCCCGACGCCGCCGUCGAGUUCAUCUUCUCCUCAGGCCCCGAAAGGGUCGAAGGCUGGAUCCCCCCCCGCGGCCCCCCCGCCGCCCCCAUCGAUUACGGGGUGCGGGACCCCGCGGUCCGGCGCGACUCCUACGAGGGGCACUGGGACAACCCCGAGGAGCUCUCCCACACUUGGGGUCCCCUGGAUGGCAGCCCCUACGCCCGCGUGCAGAAGAAGGGGGGUCCCUGCCCCUCCGGGGGGGACUCUGACUCCCCGCCCCCACCUGGAGCCCCCCACGGCCGCCCCCCGCCCCCCACGGCCGCCGAGCGCCGGGAGCUGGAGCAGCUACUGGGGGGGUUCGGGGUGCGGGGGGGCCGCGACACCCCCGGCCCAGGGGAGGAGCCCCCCGACACCCCAGAAUCUCUCGGGACCCCCACAGCCUAUGGGACCCCUGAACCGCUCGGCACCCCAGCACCCUACAGGAACCCCACAGCCUACGGGACCCCGAUACCCCACGGCACCCCCACAUUCCAUGAGACCCCCGUAUCCCACGAGGCCCCCACAUCCCAUGGGAUGCCAAUAUCCUAUGGCACCCCAAUAUCCCCUAAGAGCCCCCCAUCCCAUGGGACCCCUGCUCCCCACAGCCCCCUGACAUCCUGUGGGACGCUGACACCCCAUGGCUUCCCCACAUCCUAUGGGGCCCCCAAAUCCCAGGGGUCCCCCGCACCCUAUGACACCCCAAAACCCUACGGGACCCUGGUGCCCCACGUGACACUGACACCCCAUGGCCCCCCCGUAUCCCAGGGGUCCCCAACUCCCUACGGGACCCCAGCACCCCAUGGGCCCCCCGUAUCCCAGGGGUCCCCAACUCCCUACGGGACCCCAGCACCCCAUGGGCCCCCUGUAUCCCCCGGCACCCCAACAUCCCACGGGGUCACAGUACCCUAUGGAACCAAAAUAUCCCACAGGACCCCAAUAUCUCGGGGGUCCCCAACAUUCCACGGGACCUCGAUGUCCCAGGACACCCUGGUGCCCAAUAGCCCCCCAAUAUCGCAGGGGACCUUAACGUGCCAGGAGUCGCCGAUACCCUACAGCCCCCCAGCAUCCCAUGGGACCCCAACAUCCCUGGAGACCCCGACUCCGUACGGGACCCCAACAUCCCGGGGGUCCCCAUCGCCCUAUGGGACCCCACCCUCUCAUGGAUCUCCAACUUCCCAGGGCCCCCACACCCCUCAUAGCCCCCCUCAAGCUCAGAAGUCCCCAACAUCCUACAGCCCCCCAGUAUCCCACGGGACCCCAAUAAUCCAUGAGACCCCAGCUCCACACAGCCCCCCGACAUCCUACAGCCCCCCAAAACCCCAUGGCACGCCAGUAUCCCCCGGGGUCCCAGUCUCCCACAUCACCCCCAUAUCCGAGGGACUGCCAGCCUCCCACGGGACCCCGAUGUCUCAUGGCCCCCCUGCACCCCACAGCCCCCCGAUCGCCCACACCCCCCCCUCACUCCACAGCCCCCCAACAUCCCAUGGGAUCCCAAUAUCCCACAGCCCCCCCGCACCUCACAGCCCCCCGAGCCCUUGGGGCCCCCCCAGCCCCUGGACCCCCCCGUGUCCCCCCCUGUGCCGUCGAGCCAGCCUGGCCUCCCCCCGGGAGCCCCCGAAACGGGGGGUGCAGCGCUCGCUGUCCGAGGGGUUCCCCCCGUGGGGGGGCUACGGGCGCCCCGUGGCGGGGGGGUACCUGCUUUUGGGGGAGCUCCCGCCCCUCUGCCCCUGCCAGGACUGCCAGGGCUGGGGGGGCGUCUCCGCACUGCCCACCCGCCCAAUUUAUAGCGGCCAUGACUGGGGGGCGCCCCCUCCGGAGCCCCCGGAUUGCCCCCACUGCGGCCGCCCCGGGCUGGGGCUGGAGCGGGGACCCCCCCCCAGAAAAGGGGGCUACGAACCCCCCACCAUGGGGGAACCCCAGGAGCCCACAGGGCGACGCAGCCCCAUUGAGGGGACCCCCUGGCCAGGCCCUCCCCGCGCCCCCCCCGAGUCUCCCCGGGCCCCCUCCCCAGGCAGCGGCACCCCCGGCUCCCCCCCGCCCCCGCAGCCGCCCCUGCCCGAGAAGCGGCACCCCCCAGCCCCGGGGGGGCCCCGGGACCCCUCCUCACCCCAGCGCAGCCCGGCGGGGGCCCAGGGUCCCCCCUCGGCGGGGCCGGGGCCGGCCGGGACCCCCCCCGGGGGCACCUUCGUGCAGGACACGACCAAGUUCUGGUACAAACCGGGGCUGUCCCGGGAGGAAGCCGUGUCCCUGCUCAAGGCCGCCCCUCCCGGCUCGUUCCUGGUCCGCAGCAGCAGCAGCUUCCCGGGGGCGUUCGGGCUGGCGCUCAGGGUGGGGGUCCCGCCCCCCCGCGCCACCUCCAGAGCGGGGGACCCUCAGGAGCAGCUGGUCCGGCACUUCCUGAUCGAGACGGGCCCGCGGGGAGUCAAAAUCCGGGGGUGCCCCGAGGAGCCUUACUUCGGGAGCCUCCCGGCGCUGGUGCUGCAGCACUCCAUCACGCCCAUCUCGCUGCCCUGCGCCCUCCGCAUCCCCCACGCAGAGCUGCAGGAGGAGCCCCCGGACCCCCCCGGGCCCCCCAACGUCAGCACGGCUGGAGCUCUCCUGAGGCAGGGGGCAGCCUGCUCUGUGCUGUUCCUGGGCUCGGUGGGAACCGAGGCCCUGACCGGGCCCCAGGCCGUGGCCAAGGCUGUGGGGUCCCUCCUGGAGGGGACCCCGAGUGCGGGGGGGUCCCCCCGGCCCCCGCCCAGCCCCGUGCACUUCAAGGUGUCGGCGCAGGGGAUCACCCUGACGGACCGGCAGCGCAAACUCUUUUUCCGCCGGCACUACCCCGUGAGCAGCGUCACCCACUGUGGCACCGACCCGCAGGACCGCAGGUGGGCGAACCCCGACGGGAGCACAGCCAGGAUUUUCGGGUUCGUGGCGAAGCAGGCAGGGGCCCCGGGGGGGGGCAACGCGUGUCACGUCUUUGCGGAGCUGGACCCCGAGCAGCCGGCGGGGGCCAUCGUCACCUUCGUCACCAAAGUCCUGCUGGGGACGCGGCACUGAGGGACACCAGGGACCCC